AGCCAACAUGACUUCACUUCCUCUUAAUACAGCUUCACCCUCAGUCACUGCAGCAUCACCAGCAGCCAACAUGACUUCACCUCCUAUUAAUACAGCUUCACCCUCAGACAGUCCAGCACCACCAGCAGCCAACAUGACUUCACCUCCUAUUAAUACAGCUUCACCCUCAGACAGUCCAGCACCACCAGCAGCCAACAUGACUUCACUUCCUCUUAAUACAGCUUCACCCUCAGUCACUGCAGCAUCACCAGCAGCCAACAUGACUUCACCUCCUAUUAAUACAGCUUCACCCUCAGACAGUCCAGCACCACCAGCAGCCAACAUAACUUCACCUCCUCUCAAUCCAGCUUCACCCUCAGUCAGUCCAACACCAGCAGCAGCCAACAUGACUUCACCUCCUAUUAAUACAGCUUCACCCUCAGACAGUCCAGCACCACCAGCAGCCAACAUGACUUCACCUCCUAUUAAUACAGCUUCACCCUCAGACAGUCCAGCACCACCAGCAGCCAACAUGACUUCACUUCCUCUUAAUACAGCUUCACCCUCAGUCACUCCAACAUCACCAGCAGCCAACAUGACUUCACCUCCUAUUAAUACAGCUUCACCCUCAGCCAGUCCAGCACCACCAGCAACCAACAUAACUUCACCUCCCAUUAAUACAGCUUCACCCUCAGACAGUCCAGCACCACCAGCAACCAACAUGACUUCACUUCCUCUUAAUACAGCGUCACCCUCAGUCACUCCAACAUCACCAGCAGCCAACAUGACUUCACCUCCUAUUAAUACAGCUUCACCCUCAGCCAGUCCAGCACCACCAGCAACCAACAUAACUUCACCUCCCAUUAAUACAGCUUCACCCUCAGUCAGUCCAGCAUCACCAGCAGCCAACAUGACUUCACCUCCUAUUAAUACAGCUUCACCCUCAGUCAGUCCAGCAUCACCAGCAGCCAACAUGACUUCACCUCCUAUUAAUACAGCUUCACCCUCAGCCAGUCCAGCACCACCAGCAACCAACAUAACUUUACCUCCCAUUAAUACAGCUUCACCCUCAGUCACUGCAGCAUCACCAGCAGCCAACAUGACUUCAACUCCUAUUAACACAGCUUCACCCUCAGUCAGUCCAGCACCACCAGCAGUCAACAUGACUUCACCCGCUCUCAAUCCAACUUCUGCACCAGUUGGACCAACAUCACCAACAGUCAACUUGACCUCACCUCCACUCAAUACAACCUCACCACUGGUCAGUUCAGCAUCACCAGGAGUCAAUAUAACUUCACCUCCUCUCAAUUCAGCCUUACCCUCAGUCAGUCCAGCAUCACCAGCAGCCAACAUGACUACACCCCCUCACAAUUUAACUUCUCCACCUAUCAGUCCAGCAUCACCAGCAGUCAACAUGACCUCACCUCCUCUCAAUACAGUUUCCUUCUCAGUGAGUUCAGCAUCACCAGCAGUCGACAUGACUUCAUCUUCUCCCAACACAACUUCACCAUCAAUCACCAUAAGCUCAACACACCCCAUCUCCACAUCUCCACCAGAAAAUGCAACUUCACAGCAAAUGAGUAAGACCUCACCACUAGUCGACGUAACUUCACCAUCUACUCUGUCACCCGUCAUCCAAACCUCAGCACCAAGCAAUGCAACUUCCCCAUUAACGUUACCAUCAACUAUAAGAACAACUGUUACAACUGCUACUCCAACUACAACUACAACCACAACCACAACACCUGCCCCACCACCAGAGCCAAAAAUUAAGUUAGAAUUUAAGGUGAAGGAGACAUUCACAGACGAUUUGAAUGUCAAAGAUUCACCAAGGUACAAAGAACUUGAGAAAACAACGACCACAGUGCUUAAUGAGGUCUAUUCCAUUCAAUUUGGGGAUAGUUACAUUCGAUCUGUCAUCAACGGAUUCAGUCCAGGAUCAAUUGUGGUUAACUCUGAGCUGAUAUUCAAUAAUGCCACAGCACUACCAAAUACCAGUGAUGUGAGUGAAGCUUUAAAGAAUGCGACCACUAACCCAGCUUUCAACCUCUCUGUCGACAUAUCUUCUAUUGUUGUAGCAGUUGUAUUACCUCCAACUGAACCACCAACAACAACUACAGUCCCAACUGCAGGAACAACAUCAGUGAAUUCAACUUCUGUUACAGGCAAUGGGACAUCAACACAAACAAUUACUCCAACUACUGCUACAACUGCAACUACUGCUACAACUGCAACUACUGCUACAACUGCAACAACGCCUGCUGUUCCGGCAGAUUCAAAACUCAAUCUGGAAUUUAGGUUGAACCAAGGGUUUACCACUGACCUGGAUAACUCUGCAUCAUCAGCUUUUCAGAGCUUAUCACAGUCACUAACACGCCAACUUAAUGACAUCUACAGGCGUAGAUUUGCGGCCUUCCUGCGAGUUCUGAUCAAGGCUUUCAGGCGUGGUUCAGUUAUAGUUGAUUCUGAGCUGAUAUUUGCAAAUGCAAGCUCUGUGCCAAACCCUAGCGAUGCAGCAAAUACUCUGGUGGAAGCACAUAACACUUCCAGUUUCAACUUCACGCUGAACAUUACAAGUGUUGCUGUGACAAGUCUUGAGACUACAACUGUUCUACCCACAACAGUAAAUUCAACUGUUUCACUAGGCAAUGGGACAUCAACACAAACAAUUACUCCAACUACUGCUACAACUGCAACUACUGCUACAACUGCAACUACUGCUACAACUACAACUACUGCUACAACUGCAACAACGCCUGCUGUUCCGGCAGAUUCAAAACUCAAUCUGGAAUUUAGGUUGAACCAAGGGUUUACCACUGACCUGGAUAACUCUGCAUCAUCAGCUUUUCAGAGCUUAUCACAGUCACUAACACGCCAACUUAAUGACAUCUACAGGCGUAGAUUUGCGGCCUUCCUGCGAGUUCUGAUCAAGGCUUUCAGGCGUGGUUCAGUUAUAGUUGAUUCUGAGCUGAUAUUUGCAAAUGCAAGCUCUGUGCCAAACCCUAGCGAUGCAGCAAAUACUCUGGUGGAAGCACAUAACACUUCCAGUUUCAACUUCACGCUGAACAUUACAAGUGUUGCUGUGACAAGUCUUGAGACUACAACUGUUCUACCCACAACAGUAAAUUCAACUGUUUCACCAGCAUCACCAGCAACCAACAUGACCUCACCACCAAACAAUGUAACAUCAACCCCAGUCAGUCCAAUAUCACCAGCAACCAACAUGACCUCACCACCAAACAAUGUAACAUCAACCCCAGUCAGUCCAAUAUCACCAGCAACCAACAUGACCUCACCACCAAACAAUGUAACAUCAACCCCAGUCAGUCCAAUAUCACCAGCAACCAACAUGACCUCACCACCAAACAAUGUAACAUCAACCCCAGUCAGUCCAAUAUCACCAGCAACCAACAUGACCUCACCACCAAACAAUGUAACAUCAACCCCAGUCAGUCCAAUAUCACCAGCAACCAACAUGACCUCACCACCAAACAAAACUACCUCAAUAACAGUCAAUACAAUAUCACCAGCAGGCAAUGGGACAUCAACACAAACAAUUACUCUAAAUACUGCUACAACUGCAACUACUGCUACAACUGCAACUACUGCUACAACUACAACUACUGCUACAACUGCAACAACGCCUGCUGUUCCGGCAGAUUCAAAACUCAAUCUGGAAUUUAGGUUGAACCAAGGGUUUACCACUGACCUGGACAACUCUGCAUCACCAGCUUUUCAGAGCUUAUCACAGUCACUAACACGCCAACUUAAUUACAUCUACAGGCGUAGAUUUUCGGCCUUCCUGCGAGUUCUGAUCAAGGCUUUCAGGCGUGGUUCAGUUAUAGUUGAUUCUGAGCUAAUAUUUGCAAAUGCAAGCUCUGUGCCAAACCCUAGCGUAGCAGCAAAUAUUCUGGUGGAAGCACAUAACACUUCCAACUUCAACUUCUCGCUGAACAUUACAAGUGUUGUUGUGACACGCCUGGAAAAUACAACAACUUCGACAACAGUGACUCCAACUGUUUCACCAGUAUCACCAGCAACCAACAUGACCUCACCACCAAACAAUGUAACAUCAACCCCAGUCAGUCCAAUAUCACCAGCAACCAACAUGACCUCAUCUUCAACACACAAUGUAACAUCAACCCCAGUCAGUCCAAUAUCACCAGCAACCAACAUGACCUCACCACCAAACAAAACUACCUCAAUAACAGUCAAUACAAUAUCACCAGCAGGCAAUGAGACAUCAACACAAACAAUUACUCCAACUACUGCUACAACUGCAACUACUGCUACAACUGCAACUACUGCUACAACUGCAACAACGCCUGCUGUUCCGGCAGAUUCAAAACUCAAUCUGGAAUUUAGGUUGAACCAAGGGUUUACCACUGACCUGGAUAACUCUGCAUCACCAGCUUUUCAGAGCUUAUCACAGUCACUAACACGCCAACUUAAUGACAUCUACAGGCGUAGAUUUGCGGCCUUCCUGCGAGUUCUGAUCAAGGCUUUCAGGCGUGGUUCAGUUAUAGUUGAUUCUGAGCUGAUAUUUGCAAAUGCAAGCUCUGUGCCAAACCCUAGCGAUGCAGCAAAUACUCUGGUGGAAGCACAUAACACUUCCAGUUUCAACUUCUCGCUGAACAUUACAAGUGUUGUUGUGACACGCCUGGAAAAUACAACAACUUCGACAACAGUGACUCCAACUGUUUCACCAGCAACAGGAACUACAGCCAUUGCAAUUUCAGCUACAACUACAACAGCAACUACUACAGCAUCCACAAAUCCUCCAUCAGCCUCUGAGGGAAGCCUUAGCAUUAAAUUCAGUCUCAACGAACCCUUCACAUCAGAUCUAGCCAACAACGCCUCGGCAACAUUCAUCAAACUGGCUUCAACUGUGGUCACAGAGAUCAACAGAAUUUGCGGAAAAUUGUUUUCCCGAUUCAGUCGCUCCCGCGUCAAUUCAUUCACGGAGGGAUCUGUGGUUACCAACAUGACUCUUGUGUUCAGAGACCGUUCUUCAGUUCCUACUUUAUCCGCUGUUCUGUCACAACUAGCUGGUGCACUACUUACUUCUCCCGUCCUGCAAUAUAUAAAUGGCACCCUGGUUGUAGUAACAUCAAACAGCGCUGCUCUACCCACUAUGGGCGGAUUAACUGUCUUCUCACUGACCAUGGUGGCUGUGGCACAGAUGCUGCUUAACUCCUAGUACUUGAAACACAUGCAUUGUCAUAUGUCGCAACUGUGCACACAACAAUAUGAAAAUCUGACAUUACACAUGUACACUGUGAAAUUUACCAUUAGGUCAUGUGGUAAAAAGAUGUGUUCUGUGGGUCGAAGAUUGAUAAAGUUUUAAAGAAUUUUCCAAAUUGACGUUAUGUCUGAAUUUAAUUCACUAAUCAAUACAAGUCUAAAAACUACCUGUGUAUCUUCUGUGUAUUUGUUUUUUUAAAGAUGUAUUUCUUUGAUUUUAUUCAAGAACUGCUUAUGUAUCUAUGUAUGUGUGAUACACUCUAUAGUGAGAGUUCGUCAACUGUUUAUUUAUUACAAAGAAAGAAAAUGAAGGUUAAAAACCAAUACAGAACUUAUGGGUUACCAGUGAGGGACAGCGACACUUACUUUUCGGACACCAAUCAAUACAAGCCUAAAAACUACCUGUGUAUCAUCUGUGUAUUUGUUUUUUUAAACAUGUAUUUCUUUGACUUUAUUCAAGAACUGCUUAUACGUAAAAAUACAAAUAUUUAAAUUAUCAUGUAUGACCCAUAUAUGUCUUAAUAAAUGCAAUAUAUCACCAUCAAAGAAGUGUGGUAGGGGAGUGUAGCACAUAAAGCUAUGAGAAGAGACCAAAUAAUCUUAUUAUGAACAUGAUCUAAUUUAAUCUUCUACUUUGUAAAGGCUGUUUGACAGUAAUGGUUCCUGCUGAAUAACUGUUUUAUGUAUGUAUGUAUAAAAUGGAAAGACUAAUAUUUUGCUAUUGAUCAAAAAUGCAAUAAAAUGUUAAUCACCUUAAAAGAC